UGGUUAUUUGUUGUCGCGCUCUCAAACUGAAAGUGUAUAAAGGAAAAAAGGGAUAAUGGACAAUGAAUUUUUAAAUGAUUCUGACGAUGGAUUUGAAGACGAAAAUCCAGAGAAUCGGAUUCUGUGGCGGAUUCCGAAAAGAUACAUUCGCGAUUGGGAAAAUCCCGUGGAAUUUUUCGAAGAUAUUCCUUUUCGGAAAAGAUACCGAUUCAGCAAAGGAGCUGUGAUUGAGAUCUUAUUACCUUUGGUAAAUGCUCGCUUAAGGCGAUUGAAUAAUCGUGGACUGCAGGUUUCUUCGUUGAUGCAGCUUUUAAUAACACUGCGUUUUUAUGCAACGAGCAGCUUUCAGAUUGUUAAUGGAGACUUGCGAGGAUACAGCCAAGCAUCAGUAUCGAGAAUUGUUGCACGAGUUUCCAGAAUUUUAGCAUCACAUUUGAGCGUAUAUAUUAAUUUUUCCACUGAACAAAAACGUCGGGCUAAUAAAAAUAAAUUUUAUGAGGUGGCCAACUUUCCAUCCGUAAUAGGAUGUAUCGAUUGCACCCAUAUACGCAUUGCGAAUCCUGGAGGGAAUAAUGGAGAGAUAUUCCGGAAUCGAAAAGGAUGGUUUUCUCUUAAUGUACAGCAAUGUUAUUAA